CAUGGGAUGACAUAAAUAUUAUAUCACGAAUCACAUUCAGCUGGGUAUGGGGCUUAUUUAUCCGGGCACAUAAAAAGGACCUGGAGUUUACUGACCUAUACCGGUGCUCCAAAUCGGAUGAAACCGAGUGUUUGCGCAACAAAUUGGAAAAAAACUGGAACAAUGAGCUAGCUAAUAAAAAGCAACCAUCAUUGGCUAUUGCAUUGUUUAAAACAAUUGUUAACGAAUAUUUAGCAUGCUUAUUUUGGAUGAUAAUCCAGCAACUCAUAAUAAGGAUCAGUGUACCGAUUAUGUUGGGCCAAGUUGUACGCUAUUUUCAGGGCGACCCCCAAAUAACCCGCCAGUGGGCCGUCUGGGUUGGGGUCGGUAUUGUUUUGAUGUCUCUAAUCGAUCGGGUAGUUAUCAAUCAUCUAGCAUUUCUGUAUACAUUGCGUAUGGGUAUGCGUAUGAGAGUGGCCACAUCGGCGCUUAUCUAUCGUAAGACAAUGAAAUUGAGUCGUUCAUCACUAGCACAGACAACUGUCGGUCAAAUACUAAACAUACUGUCCAAUGAUGUCAACCGUUUUGAUGAGUUUUCACAAUUUUCCCAUUCAAUAAUCAUUGCACCCCUACAAUCGGCAAUCAUCGGCUAUAUACUAUGGAAACAAUUAGGUUGGCCAUGUUUGGCCAGUAUGGCCGUAAUCAUAUUGUUCAUACCGUUUCAGCUAAUACUGGGCUCAAUGUUUCGACAGAUACGGCUCAGGACUAGUGUACUAACCGAUCAACGAUUACUUGUAAUGAAUGAGAUUAUCUCUGGUAUGCGUGUCAUCAAAAUGUAUACCUGGGAGUUGGCGUUUGGACAGUUGGUUUCAGAUAUUCGCAAAUCUGAAGUAAAGCGCAUCCGAAACAGUAAUUUACUUAAAGGUAUCAACAUAUUAGCGUAUAUACUGUUACCCCGUAUUAUUGUCUACCCGUGUCUAGUGAUGUAUGUCCUGAUGAUGAACAACGAUAACCGAUUGACUGCCGACAAAGUGUUUGUCACUGUUUGCUACGUAAACAUUAUGCGACAACUAUUAGGCAAAGGUUUGCCAACAUUUAUCUCAUCAACCAAUGAACUGGUAGUUGUUAUUAGACGUCUAGAGGAAUUUUUAGCGCUCAAAGAAAUCAAAUAUAAUUUAAGUAAAAACAAGAUACAGGAGCUGAAAGUUUUGUCUAAUAUAUCUAAUAAUAAUAAUAAUAAUUUUGAUGAAAAGGGUGUCUAUAUUGAUAAUAUGACUGCCCGUUGGACUAAUGAAAUAAUUAAACCGACACUAAAUAAUAUCAGUGUUUGCGUAAAACCGGGACAAUUGUUAGCUGUUAUCGGAUCGGUAGGCAGUGGAAAGAGUUCAUUAUUGAUGUCAGUCCUAAACGAGAUGACUGUGGAUUCGGGUUCACUGCGAGUGUCGGGUCGGGUAUCGUAUGCACCACAGGAGUCGUGGGCUUUCAUUGCCAGUGUUCGCGAUAACAUAUUGUUCGGUUCGGAGUAUGACGAGCACCGGUACCAACAAGUAGUCAAUGUGUGUGCAUUGGACAGGGAUUUCCAAUUGUUUCCGUUCGGCGAUCGGACACUUGUAGGUGAAAAGGGUGUACUGUUGAGUGGCGGCCAAAAAUCACGUAUCAGUUUGGCCAGGGCUAUCUAUCGUCAAGCAGAUAUCUACUUGUUGGACGACCCGUUAUCGGCAGUGGACACACAAGUGGUCAAACAUAUAUUUCAAAACUGUAUUAUAGACUAUUUGAAAGAUAAGACUCGUAUAUUAGUUACACAUCAGAUCCAGUUCCUUCAGGUUGUCGAUAAGAUACUGGUGCUCGACAAUGGGGGUCAGUGUAUAGCACUGGGCAGCAGCUAUGAUGAGAUCAGCAAACAGUUAAACAACAUUAAUCUAAUGUCUUAUCAGCAAAACAAUGAAUAUACUAUCAAUACUAAUGGUGUAACCGAUGGUUGUCAACAAAAUAUGGACCAAAAAAGUUUGUCCACAAAAGUAAUGGCCAGCAAUAGCCAUCCGAUUCAGGAUAUAAUGCAUACUAACGUGUCUAACGACUUGUCGACUAAAUUGACGGACAAACCGGUUGUAUUAGUUAAACCCGAAACGAAAAUGAUUGGUAGUAUCGACUCUAUGGUCUAUUGGGCUUAUGUUAGGGCAGGUGCCCGACCACUGUUGAUGUCGACAAUGAUUUUGAUGAUUGUUUUGUCGCAAUUGAUAUUUCAAGGCAUCGACUAUUGGCUAUCCUAUUGGACAAGUAAUAAUCAAAAUGAUGACAACCAGAGCCGUAAUAUUAUAAUCUAUUCAUCACUGAUUGUAGGCCUGUGCGUGACAUCAUUGUUGGCCACAAUUAGUUUCUAUAUGAUGUCUAUGAGGUCGUCAAUUAGUCUACAUAAUCGUAUAUUUACUAAACUAUUGAGAGCACCGAUAGACUUGUUUGAGUGUUCACCGGCAGGCCGUAUAUUAAAUAGAUUUUCAAAAGAUAUCGGUAUUAUUGAUGAACAGUUACCGUCGGCAGCGUUUGAAUUUAUAAUUAACCUAGUGUUAACAAUCGGUAAUUUAGUGAUCAAUGCUAUUGUCAAUUGGUUUCUAGUAUUUCCGGCAAUAGUUUUAAUACUAAUGGUAUUUAUGUGUCGAUAUUUCUAUAUUAAAGCCGGUCGUGAUAUUAAACGUUUGGAUGGCUUAUCCAGAAGUCCUAUCUAUUCGCACGUUAGCAACACAUUGGCCGGACUGUCGACCAUCCGAUCACUGGAUUCGGUAGACAUGUUUGAUAAGCAAUUUGAGAUCCACAUGAACGACAACACCGCCACAUACUUCCUGUUUAUCUGUACGUCCCGUGCUUUCGGUGUACUAAUGGACGGCAUAUGUAUCGUCUAUAUAGCAGCUGUACUGGCCGUUGUAAUGUCACUGUCGGACAGUCUGACCGGCGGUAAUGCCGGUCUAGUGUUGUCGUCUAGUCUGACAUUGAUAGGUACAACACAUUAUUCGGUUAAAUGUUGUACCGAUUUUGAAGCUCAUAUGACUGCAGUUGAACGGGUGCUCGAAUACAGCCGAAUCAAACCGGAAGCCGAUCUCCGGUCAGCACCCGAUAGAAAACCGUCAACCGGUUGGCCACAAUCAGGUUGUAUUGAAUUUAGAAAAAUCAGUUUACAAUACGCCGAGUCUCCGGUGCCGGUACUCAAUGAGAUAACUGUUGCGGUAAAAGGUGGCGAAAAAAUCGGUAUUAUCGGACGUACCGGUGCCGGCAAAUCAUCGAUAAUAUCGGCUCUGUUCCGAUUGACUGAACCCACAAGCGGACAGAUACUGAUCGAUGGCAUAGAUAUCCAGUCGAUUGGUUUGCAUGAUCUGAGACGGAAAAUAUCGAUUAUACCUCAGGAACCGAUACUGUUCACGGGUUCGGUACGUAAAAACUUGGAUCCAUUCGAUGAACACCCGGACUAUAGAUUGUGGUCAGCAUUAGAUGAGGUACAGCUUCGCGAUGCAGUCAACCAAUUGCCCGAUAUGUUGGACGGUAUGGUCAGCGAAGGUGGCAGUAAUUUUAGUGUCGGUCAACGCCAGUUGAUAUGUCUGGCCAGAGCUAUAUUGCGUAACAAUAGGAUACUGGUGUUGGACGAGGCAACCGCUAAUGUUGACCAUCAAACCGAUGCAUUGAUUCAGCGGACAAUACGCGAUAAGUUUUGCAACUGUACUGUCAUUACUAUUGCUCACCGAUUGAACACAAUUAUAGACUCGGAUAAAGUGCUGGUUUUAGACGAGGGAAAAGUGAUUGAAUACGGAAUCCCUUACAUACUGUUGAAGUCCGGCAACAGUCUGUUCGCACGACUGGUCAGCCAAACGGGCAAUCGUAUGGCCAAUCGGUUGCGACAAAUGGCCAAACAUUACUAUUCACACAAAUAUGGCGAACAAUUAGAUGAAAGAGAUUCUGAAAAUUGA